GGCGGAGCUGACGCCCCGCGGCCCCGCGAGACCCCGGCCCAGCUGGCCCCGCAGGAAGCGGCCGCCACCGCCCAGCCCAGCGCUCGCGCCUCCCUGCACGAUGGCGGGGAAAGCAGCCGCCCCGGGCACCGCGGUGCUGCUAGUCACGGCCAACGUGGGCUCGCUCUUCGACGACCCAGAAAACCUGCAGAAGAACUGGCUUCGAGAAUUUUACCAGGUCGUGCACACGCACAAGCCACACUUCAUGGCCUUGCACUGCCAGGAGUUUGGAGGGAAGAACUACGAGGCCUCCAUGUCCCAUGUGGAUAAGUUUGUCAAGGAACUACUAUCAAGUGAUGCAAUGAAAGAAUACAACAGGGCUCGAGUCUACCUGGACGAAAACUACAAAUCACAGGAGCAUUUUACAGCACUAGGAAGCUUUUAUUUUCUUCAUGAAUCCUUAAAAAACAUCUACCAGUUUGACUUUAAAGCAAAGAAGUAUAAAAAAGUCACUGGCAAAGAGAUCUAUUCAGAUACUUUAGAGAGCACACCGAUGCUAGAGAAAGAGAAGUUCCCACAGGACUACUUCCCUGAGUGCAAGUGGUCAAGAAAAGGCUUCAUCCGGACAAGGUGGUGCAUUGCUGACUGUGCCUUUGACUUGGUGAACAUCCAUCUUUUCCAUGAUGCAUCCAACUUAGUGGCCUGGGAGACAAGCCCCUCGGUGUACUCGGGUGUCCGGCACAAGGCUCUAGGCUACGUGCUUGACAGAAUUAUCGAUCAGCGAUUUGAGAAAGCUUCCUACUUUGUCUUUGGUGACUUCAACUUCCGCCUGGAUUCCAAGUCUGUUGUAGAGACUCUCUGCACAAAGGCCACCAUGCAGACAGUCCGGGCUGCUGACACCAAUGAAGUGGUGAAAUUGAUAUUUCGGGAGUCAGACAAUGACCGUAAGGUUGUGCUCCAGUUGGAAAAGAAGCUCUUUGACUACUUCAACCAGGAAGUCUUCCGGGACAACAAUGGCACUGCGCUCUUGGAGUUUGACAAAGAGUUGUCUGUCUUUAAAGACAGACUGUAUGAACUGGACAUCUCAUUUCCCCCCAGCUACCCAUACAGCGAGGACUCCAGCCAAGGUGAGCAGUACAUGAACACUCGGUGCCCUGCGUGGUGUGACCGCAUCCUCAUGUCUCUGUCUGCCAAGGAGCUGGUGCUCAGGUCGGAGAGUGAAGAGAAGAUUGUCACCUACGACCACAUCGGGCCCAAUGUCUGCAUGGGAGACCACAAGCCUGUGUUCCUGGCCUUCCGAAUCGCGCCCGGGGCAGGUAAACCUCAUGCACAUGUACACAAGUGUUGUGUCGUGCAGUGACGUGGUGGGAAGAGGUGCCAGCGCAAUGAGAGGACCCUCCGAGAGACCUCCCUGUAGCAGCAUAUUGAAACUUGUACUCCUAACAGCUGCAUCAGAAACCUGCCCAAGCACCACCUGCUAGAUGGCCGGCCCCACACUUCGCUUCAGCCUCCGGACCAUUCCGGAAAAGCCUCACAUACCUCACUGUCGUGUCUGUUCAUGUGACAUUAAGUAGAAACAUUGGGUUUUUUAAAGACAAGUUACAGUCCUGUUGCCAAAACUCUGAUAGCAAAGAGAUUCUUGUAUUUUAGAUUUCACAGUUUUCCAUUCUUAAUCAUUGUCUGUGGAGGAGCUUCUCCAGUGUAGUCAGCCCAAGGUGUCAAGCGUCCCUCUCUGCCAGGAGGGGUUGUGCCUGGGCGGCCCGGGCAGUGAGGCCUCCGCGUCCACCCCAAGGCCCCUCUGUGGUCCGACUCUACUGCCAUGUUACAUGGUGUCUGAAUCACACUGCAGCUGCUUUCCAUUUUUAUAUAUAUAAAUACAUAUAAAUAUAUACUUUUUAAAAAUAAUUUAUAAAUCUUACCAAAACUUAUGCUAAAUAUACUUUCCAGUAUGAAUGCACGAGUGUCAUAUCAGCAGGUAGAGCUGCAGUCUAGGAGUUCAGCGAUGUGCACGUGAGCACACACGUUUCCGAGACGGCAUUGACCUAGCAGUGCUGUGGGGCGAGCGGCCCCUCUGCACUCUGUACUAGCAGUUUGUCACUCCUCUGCCUUUCUCUGUGUAACUUUAAGAACUGAAUGUGAAGUUUAUAGUUAGCCUGGGUGUACCUUUUAAGAAUUUUGUAAACUGUUUUGUCUGUCUUUUGUUACCGUUUUAUGGUGCCGAUAUUCUACAUUAAAACCAUAAUCUCGUGGGAAAAUUAGAGUAGCCUCGUCCGCUUCCCACAGAGAUCGCUUCUGACGUGAGCUAAAUACAACGUGGGAGAGAAGCAACCCUGGGCUGCGCUGCACUGCGCUGCUGACGCUGUGUCACUGCCCUGUUGCCAACAACACCCUGCUCCCAGCACUGAGCACAGCGUCGGAAGGUGACUGCAGAGCCUGUUGACGAAACACAAGCGUGCGCUUUAUUGAUUUACUUCAGAACACUACAGUUCCUGGAC